GAAAUUUCAUCCGCUGCAGCGGAUCUACCGAGUCCCUCGUCCUCCCGGGGAUAAGGGCGCCGCUUCCAGGGAAAGAGGGCGAUUCUUCGGAAAAUGGCUAGCGCCGACGUCGCAUUCUCUGUCCUCCGACCGUCUCCCGCCGUCCGUCGCCUGCGCUUAUCCGAUCCCCCCUCCCUCCAAAGGAGCAAGCUUUCUGCCCGCCUCCCUCGAUUCCGAUCGUCAUCCCCGGCAUUGUUCCGCCGCACUCACCUCACCCGCUUCCUCUUCAUUCCCAAGGCAUCAGUUGGGAGCGCGGAGUAUGCCGUGGAGCCUGCCACCGGCGUUAAGUUUCCCAAGGCGCUGCGAGUUCCAGGAAGCUCCAGCUCGCUGGCUCUACUCGGCACAGGCUACAGGGAGAAGGUGUUCGCCAUAAUCGGCGUCAAGGUCUAUGCCGCCGGGUUCUAUGCUGAAUCAUCGAUCAGAGAUUCACUGAGCGACUGGAAAGGGCGAAGAACAGCUGCCGAACUUUCAGAGGAUUCUGUUGAAAAUGAGUGAAUGGAGAAGAGAGUGAAGAUGAAAGAAGCUCCAUUCUGAAGAAGAUUUUAGUCCCAUAUUGGAAGUUUCAAGGCUUGAUGGUUGGUUUAUAUUGUUUCACAAGCAUGUGUGUUGUGAACAAAUAAAUGAGUGGAAGCUUGCUCUUGUGUGUGGAUGCAUAGGGAGGGUGCAAAUCUAGGGCCCGGAUUACACUGAACCAAGUUUGUUUGUGUGCGAGCACGACCUAUGCACACCCAAAUAAAUUAACCGACAUUUUGCCACUUGGAUUA